AUGGUGAAGCUCAUCAUUUUUUUAGUUGUAUUCAUUUUGUUGUUUGCUACUCAAUUUUCUAAUGCUGAGGGACUAGAAAGUCUAGUUGAAGCACCUGCAAUCCAUAAGAUGAAAAGAGAAGGCUCACUUCGAAAAGAAGAAUGUCCAAUGGCAUGUGAAUUUCGAUGUUCAGUGACAUCUCACAAGAAAUCAUGUUUGUUUUUCUGUAACAAAUGUUGUAACAAAUGUUUGUGUGUACCGUCGGGAACAUAUGGACACAAAGAAGAAUGUGCUUGCUACGAUAAAUGGAGGACCAAAAAAGGUGGACCAAAAUGUCCAUGA